ACUGCAGCCAGCAGCUACCCUAUGGCCUCCUUAUACGUGGGUGAUUUGCACUCGGACGUCACCGAAGCCAUGCUGUAUGAAAAGUUCAGCCCUGUGGGGCCUGUGCUGUCCAUCCGGGUCUGUCCCGAUAUGAUCACCUGGCGCUCUCUGGGUUAUGCCUAUGUCAACUUCCCUGACGCUGAGAGGGCCUUGGACACCAUGAACUUCGACGUGAUAAAGGGAAAGCCAAUCCGCAUCAUGUGGUCGCAGAGGGAUCCCUCUUUGAGAAAGUCUGGGGUGGGAAAUGUCUUCAUCAAGAACCUGGACAAAUCCAUAGACAACAAGGCACUGUAUGACACUUUCUCUGCCUUUGGAAACAUCUUGUCCUGUAAGGUGGUCUGUGAUGAGAAGGGCUCUAAGGGCUAUGCUUUUGUUCACUUCGAGACCCAAGAGGCCGCUGACAAGGCUGUCGAGAAGAUGAAUGGCAUGCUUCUCAAUGACCGUAAAGUGUUUGUGGGUAGAUUCAAGUCUCGCAAAGAGCGGGAAGCGGAGCUUGGAGCCAAGGCCAAGGAAUUCACCAAUGUUUAUAUCAAAAACUUCGGAGAAGAGGUGGAUGAUGGGAAUCUGAAAGAACUCUUUAGCCAGUUUGGUAAGACCCUAAGUGUCAAGGUGAUGAGAGACUCCAGUGGGAAGUCCAAAUGUUUUGGCUUUGUAAAUUACGAGAAACACGAGGAUGCCAAUAAGGCUGUGGAAGAAAUGAAUGGAAAAGAAAUGAGCGGGAAAGACAUAUUUGUAGGCUGUGCACAGAAAAAGGUAGAAAGGCAGGCUGAGCUAAAGCGGAAGUUUGAGCAGCUGAAGCAGGAGAGGAUUAGCCGGUGCCAGGGGGUGAAUUUCUACAUUAAGAACUUGGAUGACACCAUUGAUGAUGAGAAAUUAAGGAAAGAGUUUUCUCCCUUUGGAUCAAUCACCAGUGCGAAGGUGGUGCUAGAAGAUGGGAGAAGCAAAGGGUUUGGCUUUGUCUGUUUCUCCUCUCCUGAAGAGGCAAGCAAAGCUGUCACCGAGAUGAAGGGACGCAUUGUGGGCUCCAAGCCUCUGUACCUCGUUGCCGUGGCCCAGAGGAAGGAGGAGCAGAAGGCUCAGCUGACUAACCAGUACAUGCAGCAUGUGGCGGGGAUGAGAGCACUCCCUGCCAGUGCCAUCUUAAAUCAGUUCCAGCCUGCAGCUGGUGGCUACUUUGUGCCCGCAGUUCCGCAGGCUCAGGGAAGACCCCCAUAUUACACGCCUAACCAGUUAGCACAGAUGAGGACUAAUCCACGCUGGCAGCAAGGCGGGAGACCUCAAGACUUCCAAGGAUUGCCAAGUGCCCUGCGGCAGUCUGGGCCUCGCCCAACUCUUCGACAUCUGGCUCCAACUGGUAAUGCUCCGGCUUUCUACUACUGCUCAGAGAGGCUAACUGACAGCUGCCAGUCUGGAAGCGUCCCUACAGCCAUGCCAAACCUUGCACCUCAGGCCUUAGUUGCUGCCGCCGCUCCCAGGGCUGUGGCUCCAUACAAGUAUGCCUCCAGUGUCCGCAGUCCACACCCUGCCACCCAGCCACAGCAGGCCCCCCAGCCUGCAGUCCACGUCCAGGGUCAGGAGCCCCUGACUGCCUCCAUGCUUGCUGCAGCGCCCCCCCAGGAGCAGAAGCAGAUGCUGGGGGAGCGUCUGUUCCCGCUUAUCCAAACAAUGCAUUCAAACCUGGCUGGGAAAAUCCCUGGGAUCCUGCUGGAAAUUGACAACUCUGAGCUGCUGCACAUGCUGGAGUCCCCCGAGUCCCUCCCCUCCAAGGUAGAUGAAGCUGUGGCAGUCCUGCAGGCUCAUCAUGCCAAGAAAGAAGCUGCCCAGAAGGUGGACACUGUUGCUGCUGCUACCUCUUAGACAAGAAAAAAAGAGUCAAAAGCCAAAUAACCCCUCAUGGCAUCCACCUAAGGU